AUGGCCGACAAGGAAGAUGAUAUCGCGGUGGACCCCUACUUCUACUCGAUGAAGGGUAACCAGGAACCGGAUGAUUUUCGGUCGGAGACUACCUCAAUCGCAUCGACAAUCGCAAAGGGGCGCUUGGAAAAUGGCCGAAGAUAUCAAGCGACAAAAGAAGACAAUUAUUGGGGCCCUUCUGAUGAGCAACAAUUCGAGGCAUUCGAGAUCAGCCAUAUCUUGUUCCUUGUGUUGGAUUACAACCAACCGAACCCUCUUUUCCGUGCUCCUAUAGGCGAUUCGCCCAAGCAUAUUCUUGACAUUGGAACUGGAAAGGGAAGCUGGGCAAUUGACGUUGCGGAUGUCUAUCCGUCAGCUACUGUCCGCGGAGUGGACCUUUUCCCUCCUCCUGUGACCUGGAUGCCUCCCAAUUGCGUCUUCGAGGUGGACGACGUUCUCCGAGAGUGGACAUGGAGAGAGCCAUUUGACUUUAUUCAUUUGCGUAUGAUGUAUGGAAGCUUCGACGAGGAGGGAUGGAAUCAAGUGUACAAGCAGGCAUACGACGCCCUGGAGCCAGGUGGCUGGAUCGAGCAAACGGAGAUGGAUAUCCGAGUUCGCAGCGACGACGGUACCCUGAAACCGGAUAGUCUUCUGGCUGGUUGGGGUGACCUGUUCCUGAAGUGCUCCGAGAAAGGUGGCCGGUCACUCAGAACCCAGGAAACGAUGCGCGCCGCAAUGGAGGAAGCCGGCUUCGUGGAUGCACAUGAAGAUCUGUUCAAGAUCCCUCUAGGCCCUUGGGCCAAGGACAAGAUCCUUAAGGAGGCCGGACAGCUCCAGUAUGCUCACUGGAGCGCUGCUAUCGAGGGCUGGGCAAUGUGGCUUCUUACUAAGUUUGGAGACCCUGAGCCGUGGACUCCGGAUGAGGUGCAGAUCUAUCUGGCCAAAGUGCGCGCGGAAUUGAAGGAUCCACACGUCCAUCGCUACGGAUAUUGUCGCCGUGUGUGGGCGAGGAAGCCUACUGUAGAGGAAUUGAUGGCAAAGGCGCCGAAGACUGAGGAAGCAAACGUCAAGAGCGAGCCAUCGCCAUAA